GAUUACACUGAAUCAUUUUGAGUCCCAUCCGUACGGACACACUUUGGUGAUUUUGUGUGAUUCCCACAAGCACGCUGUUUUUUUACAGUACGUACCGGCCGGUACUACCGUACGUUGGGAACCAAAAACACCCACCGAAACAGAAACCCAACAAAAAUCAUCUUUUGUUUUUUUGUUGCCCACAACCCGAGGGAACCCACCGGGGCAGGAGCAGCGUCCGUUUGCGUGGGACUCGAUCACCAACACGAGACGAAACGAAACGAAGAUGGACGCGGGUGCUGGCGCGGCUGUGCAGCGGGACCGCAUGGUGCGGAUCGGAGUGGAUUGGUUCGGUUCCCAUCGAUUCGGUGCCACACGAGCCUUCUCGCUGCGGUGCGGUGCAAUGCGAUGCAUCGACUCGACUCGACUCCCAGCGGAAGAAACAAACAAAGAAACAAACAGACCAACAUACCAACAAAGAAUGCCGUGCCCCUCCUCGCUUUGCCUUCCCGUGCUUUGCUUUGCUUUGCUUCGCUAGCAUACAGCACCCGCUUUGUUUCCUCCGGGCCCUCCCUCCGCCAACCAUGCCCGUUCCACCAAGGGCCCGCACGCUUCGCAACGCCGGUGCCAGCGGCAGCGCCGAAAAAGAACCAAGCCGCUCCCCCUGCCCGGCGGCGGCGAUUCCAAGCAGGGGUUCGGGGAGACCCGUGGGGGGAAAGAGGAUCCCAUUGUGCGGGCCGGUUCGGAAAAGGGGUGACCGCAUUGGGGGAUCCGGGCGCUGCCUCUUCCGGGGGAGGCUCCCGGUGCGGCCAGGGGCGGAGGCCGCUCCCCCUGCCGAGCCACCCCAACCACGGUUCCCGGCCAGGCUCUUUCGGCUCCUCGGCAGCGGGGAAGGGGGGGGCCUCUGUUCCUGGCACGGAAGCAGCAACCGCACAACCCCGGCAGAAACAGACACAGGCGCAUCCACCAAUCCCUGCAGUGUCGUGAUCUGGGACAAGGACCGGUUCCUGGGGCACGAAAGCGCCCGGUCCUGCUUUCCGUCCCAAUCCACGUUCCGGUCCUUCGAGCGGCAGCUCAACAACUGGGGAUUUGUUCGGGCGCAUGCCGUGGAACAGGAGCUCCUCGAGCAGCAGCAGCAGCAGCAUUCGAAACCACAACCACAAGAGCAGCAGCAGCAGCAUUCGCAGCCACAACCACAAGAGCCCAGCCAUGCUCCCACCAGGGACGCGGAACCAGGCGCAGCUGCAGGCCCGUCCACGAUUCCAUCCAGGGCUUGCGCUGCCCGGUCCGGAAUCCGGGCCUACCACCACCCCUGGUUCCGGAGGGGACGCCCCGACCUCCUGGAAAGGAUCGUCCGCCGGGCCCCGGAACGGAGCUUCGCUGCCCUCCGGGACGCGGUGUCUCUGGCCGGCCGGGAGGCUGAAAGCGGCAGCGGCAGCGGCAAUGGCACGGUCCAGAACAGGAACAAGAACAAGAACAAGAACAAGAACAAGAACAACCAAAGCCACAACCACAACCACGGCGAAAGCGAAAGCGGCGGGGACCAAACGGGCGGGGACGAGCCGUUCCCGCCUUCCCUCCCGCUCCGACUCCCCCACGGGGAUUCCUCCUCCGUCCGGGCCGACAUUGUCCUGCCCUCGGGGGCCUGCCUGAGGAUCAACCGGACCGUUCCGGCCUGGGCCCUGCCGGCCCAGGAGGCCGCCGUCCUCUACCUCUGCCGGAAGCACUCUUGGCCGGCGGGGGCCGUUGCAGGGGGGAGGCCGUUUCGCGGGGGAGGCGGCGGCAAAGGCAUCGACGCGGGCGGCGUUGGCAUUGACGAUGGCAUUGGCGUUGACGAGGACGAUGGCGUUGACGAGGACGAUGACGAUGACGAUGACAAUGGCGUUGACAAUGGUGUUGACGAGGACAAUGGCGUUGGCGUUGGCGUUGACGACAUCGAUUGCAACGACGACGACGAGGACGACAUCGAUCGCAACGACGACGACGACGACAUCGAUCCCCCGGCCUUUCCGGUUCCGGAUCCAAAGCGGUGGAAACCGCUCGGGGCCGGCCGCUUCCGGAGACCGGAGGCCCCCCUGGGGUCGGCGAUGCAGCCGGUGGGGGGGCGGGACCCAAGGGGCAGUGGAAGCAGCGACGGGGACGAAGACGGAGACGGCCGCUUUGGGGACGCCGCGGAGGGAACGAGCGACAGCGAAUGCGAGUGCGAGUGCGACAAAGGCUUUCUCGUGAUAUGAUUGCCGCGGCCUGGAACAAACACACCACGCUACAACAAUACAAGUAGUAUAGGUCC